AUGGCCCAAUUUCGGUUCUGGUGGAAGUGCUCGCAAUGGCUGCCGCUUCUACCCAUGAUCGUCUUCGCAAUCUCCUGCGUCGUCACCACUCUCAAGUCAGUGUCCGCCCACGACCGCGCUAAAGGUAUAUCGCUUUUUGCGGGAACAGCAUUUGGAGCCUUUGGGACCGUCUUCACCAUCGCAAUCAACGUGGCGUCCUCUAGGGUCGACUGGGUCGUGGUGUCCACGCCCGAGAGGAGAUCCUUUCGACUGCGCAAGACUAUCGGCUGGGUCUCUGUGUCCUUCAGAAUCAUCGCCGUGUGCGUCUUCAUCGCGCUCGCUGCUAUAUAUGCCCUCCCCUCCAUUAAUGCCCUCGUGCCAUGUGCACUUGGCUUUGUCGCUGCGGCGGCCACUACCGUAGCGUUGGGGUUCAGCCUUGCCAAAAUGUAUGGGCCGGACCGUGGAGACGAGCAGAGACGAGACCAGGUCGCGCAGGGGCAACAGCUGGGCGGUUACCAACAGCCGCAGCAAUGGGGUGGCUUCCACUCAUUUGGGGGACAGCCACAAUAUGGGUGGCAGCCGCCGGUAGAUCAGCAGCAGUAUCAGCAUCCACAGUUCCAGCAGCAACAGCAGUCACAGAUGCCAUGGGCAGCACCGCAACAAUGGGGGAACCAGCAGUAUGGGGAGCAGAGUAGUAGUCUCUUGCCUCCACCAGCAUAUGCGGGCGCAGGGGAGAAUCGCUCCUCCUGA